AGAUAUAACAUGCUGUAAAGUACAUGCAGCUAUAGUUAGGGCCGGAAGGACCAUGGAGGUAAAGCCAUGUAUGUUUAAACUUGAAGAUAAACUAAACAUCAGAUGUCUGUACCUUCGUCUUCCUGAUAUCAUACAUGCAUCACACUCUGCUGAUAUUUGCCAGGAUGGAGAUAUACCUUUAUUCCUUGGUGCUGAUGUCCUGGCUGGGUGUGACCAAGAUUCAAAGAACCAUGGGCGUAUACAUCAGAGGUUCACCAAGGAAGGACUUGCGACCAAAUUAAGUGUACAAGGUGCUAAUAUUGAAGGAGUUCGUUCUACUGGUUUCUAUAUGUACAGUAUUCAAGGGGUCUUUAAUGCAGUAUUUAGAUAUCACAGUAAAGAAACACAAAGAAUAUACCUCACAUAUUUCAAGGAUGUUUGGUUAGCAAGGUUUUCUGAUCCUCCACUAGAGGGUGCCAUUACAGCAAAUUGGUAUUUAGAUCUUAAAUACCAUAGCAACCAAAUGACUCUUGACUCUAAUGUCAUUAACAUAACACCAGAAUUGCCGUUAGAGAUGUUAGAUACUGUUGCUGUAGUACAAGCUCAAAGAACAGUUUCCAUAGUGACUGAGGAAUCAUCCAUGGUAACAAGAACUUUAGAGAAUGCCAAUGUUGCUCAAAGAAACGCACCUACAUCACAAAUUGAAAGUAACAAUGUUGAGGUACAUGAAGAACCAAUUGAUACUCAGCGUGAAUAUAUUGAUAAAGAUAAAAAACAUGUGGAUCAAUUUCUGUCAUUUCAUUUAUCACACAUGCAGAAAUACAUCCAUAACAUACUCAGGAGAAAGGAGGUCACUACUGACCAAUCUAAAAAACAACAUCUCGAAAAUUUAUUAAUUUUAAUCAAGUCAUUUUCUGAGGAUAUACUAAGUGAUGCACAUACAUUUCCAUAUGAACUUCUAACAAGAUUCUGCUCAAUCCGUCAUGAUAAAAAGUCAAUGAAAAAAUUUCGUAAUGGCUUUGAUUUGCCACAGAAAAAAUGUGUUUUGCUCAGUAUAGUGAGUGAAUGGCUAGGGAAAGAGUUUCAUGAGUUGAGAAAAGAUAUUUUUUCUAACGUUGAGAGGUUUAAAUUGGAGCAUAUACAGAGUAUUAAUGACUUGCCUCCCCCUCAGUCAUUAGUGGAGGAACUGUUCCCAGAAUGCAUGCAGGUGCUGUUAGUUAAUUGGCUAGGACACCAAAGGAAUACACAGGAAGAAACUAAUGUUCAAAAUUCUAGCUUCAAAUCUGAUGCAAAUUAUCAGGAAGAAUCUGUUACUCAACAAACUGUACAAAUCCAGGAAGAAACUAUCACGCAGGAAGAGACUAUUGUGCAUGAACCAUCGACAAAACGACACAAAAUUGACAAGUUGAAUGAUUCGAAUAAAUCUAGUGGCCAGUUAUGUGCUGACUCUGACAUGUAUUCUUUCAUUCAAGUUGUUUUAGAGUUCAUGAACAAUUCUUUAAUCUCUGGUGUAGCACAUGUUGUAUAUUCAAGGCUAAUACAUGGCAAUGUCUAAAUCUAGGGCAAGUAUACACUUAA